GAAUUCCUGAUAAGGAAAGCAAUAAAUAAAUAUGCAAGCAACAAUAUUAGAAGAAACAUUUUGUAGGCUAUGCCUAAAUGCUAUAACGGAUUCAAAUUGCCGGGUGAUAGAAGAAGUCAUAAGGGAUGUUCUAAAAAUUGUUUUGCCGCAUGUGAAUUUGGAGGAGAAUGUUACACAUUUCAUGUGUACAACAUGUUCCGUAAAAUUAUUGGCUGCUUUUAAUUUUAAGUCCGUAUGUAUGGAUACGGAGGAUUUAAUUUUUCCUCACAUUAACGCCAGUAAAAUGUCAGUGAUUGAUUUAAAGAAAAUUUAUAUAAAAGAGAAGGGAAAUAUUCAGUUAAUCGAUGUAUCGGAAGAUUGGAGAAUCUGUCGAUUAUGUUUUCAGCCGGUAACAUACGGAUUUGUGGCAUUAAAUGAAGUGGACGUUGACAUAAUUGAUGCAUAUAUACCACAGAUUGACAUCAGUGCUACCAGGGAUCCUGUCAUAUGCACAGUAUGUUUUGAUUCGCUUCGUACCCAUGGCAGUUUUUUAAAGAACUGCCUUGAUGCACAUGAGAAAUAUACAAACGUCGAUAAACAGUCUUACUUUAAAACUGAAGAAAUCGAAAUAAAACUGGAAGAUGAUCAGGACAGUGAUGCACUACCGGAGACCUUCGAUAAUGAACCAUUUGAGAAGAGCGACUGUAAAUAUGCGGCAGAGGAUGGAUGUAAAGCUGAGAAUAGAGCAGCGAACAAAUGUGAUAACUGUAUUUACGAAACUGGAAGCGCGUUGUGUUUUACAGCACACCGUGCGAGACACGAAAAUGAUUCAGAAGUGUAUAAAUGUGAAUCAUGUAAGUAUGAAACUAAAAAUAAGAAAUUACUUCAGAAGCAUCAGUUGAGGCAUAAAAACAUUUCAAAAAUACGGAUGCACCCGUACGAAUCAUGUAAUUACAAGACAAAGUGCACGUCUAACCUUGCUAAGCAUCAGGUGAAACACAAAGCACAAUUGUACGAGUGCAACUUCUGUGAUUUCAAAUCGAAAUGGAGGACCAGUUUCGAUAGACAUUAUAUAAAACACAAAGACAAAUGUGAUGAACACGAUUAUAAAACCAAACGCAAGGCAUUAACAUAUAGGGCCACGUCAAAGCUGAUGAUUUAUAAAUGCAAUGGUUGCAACUACGAAUCAUUGGAUGUGAGUAAUUUCAACAAACACCAGUUAACACAUAAAGACCCUUCUCAGUGCCAAAUGUACAAGUGUAACGAGUGCGAUUAUGAAACUAAAUACAAAAACGAAGAAGAAAUAUAUAAAUGUGGUUAUGGAAUGGGUUUUGAGUUUACUCAACAAGAAGCGCAAUAA